AUGUCGUAUUUCCCUGUUCUUCCUGGCGCAGUGGAUGAUUCUGCCACGCCAGCGCCAAGUCCGAAGAUGCAUGGCUUGCAUGGGCAUGAUGCAGGUGACAUCGAGGCACCCCGUGCUCCGAUUCGAAACGUGGUUUUGACCGUCGAACAGAAGGAGAAGUUGCAGCAAUGGCAGCGGAUGGCCGAGCACGGCUUCCAGAUUCAUCGUCGAGCCGAGCGGUAUUAUGAGCACGUGAACUUCUGGACGCUUUCGCUGCCCUCGGUGGUCCUCUCUGCUGUGGCGACAGUUUGGACGCUGGCGACGGAGAACAGCCAGUUCGAGAACAGCCGGGUCUACAUCGCCUCCAUCUCAGGUCUCGGCACAAUUGUCACCUCAAUCGGGACGUACUGGAGAUGGCAAGCACGCAUGGAGAAGAAUCGGUUUGCCUCCGAGCGAUACAACAGUCUGACCAACAGGCUGACGUUGCUCAAAGCCCGCUUGCAGAUGGGUGACAUCGAAUUUGCCCAUGUCUUGCAGGAAGUGGAAAGCACCAUCCAUGAGAUCCUGAAAACAUGUGGACCGCCAGACCUCUGGGUUCAGCAGCGUUUCGAGUGGGAGGAGAAGACGAGCCAGUACGAACUGCUGGACCGCCUGACGAACCUCCGCGAUGUAAGCCCUUGGGUGGUGACCAGCAAGCGAGGCAGCUCAGGGCGCGUAGUCUCCAUUGUGCAGUAUGUGGAGCCAUCGAGCAUUUUGGACCAAAAGAUUCGGGAAUUCAGCAAGAAAACUCAAGAUGUCAGCGUGGACGAGUUCAAAGACUACUUCUGGCAGCUGUUUCGAAUGGCGUCCAACACAAACAAUCUGGAGAUGUGCAAAAAUCUGCUACGAGCGGUCCCGAACGCUCUGAAGGAUGAGAAGGAUGUACAUUUCCAAUCGCUGGAGCCGUCUGGGAAAUCUCCUCUGCAUUUUUCUGUCGCAGAUCAUUUUCAUCAACUGGGCCAAUGGCUUUUCGAGACCUACCCACGCGAGAUGAAGAGUCACUGCUUGAUGCAAGACCACCAUGGCCGGAUACCGCUAGACUACAUGGAGCCGCGCAAGGCUCUCCAGCCUCACCAGGAAGGCUCAGCCUUUUAUCCAGUGCUUCUCUUCGAGACUUUCCAGGAAUGGUGCACAGAGAUGGGGCCGUACACCGAUGAUCGACACAGCUUUGAAGACAAGGAGCGAAUGAAGCGAAUCGGUGCCGAUCUGUUGAAACGCAUUCUGGAGUGGGGCAUGAGGCAUGUGGAUGUGGCUUGCACCAAACGGCACACGGUGCUCCACCUGCUUGCUGUGCAUGGUGUGGAGGAGCAAGAAGUGUUGGGCCUACAACGCGGGUCUCCUGCGGGGUCCGACACGGCACACGAAACAGGUACCCUGCUUGAAAUACUCCUUCGGCAGAAGGAGUUCGACGCCGACAUCAGGGAUGCCACAUCGGAAAGCAAGGCACCAAUGGAGCUGGCCACCGAGCAGCGACAUGCCAAGGCCACAAAGCUCUUCUUUGAAGCCAUGCUGUCUGAGAUGCACGAGAUCAAAGACGACCAUCAAAAGCAGGACCGUUUCAAGGGCCUGAAAACCAUCCUGGAAGACUCCCUGAUUCAGCUUCAUGCUCGCCGCGAUGGCCAUCCAGUGGAGCGAAGCAAAGAUGUCAAGCAGAUUUGCUGCUCAUGUGCACAGCCCGAAAGAUUACCGGGGCGCUUGAAGGUCCAGGAUGACUUACGAAACUUCGUCGAGAUGAAGUUGCAGGUCCAGGGAUAUGAAGCUACUUUGCUCCACUAUGCGUGUGGUGCCGACCCCUUGAUUGACGCAGCAAGGCUUCAACAUGACUCUGGGGCAAGUUUGGCCCGGCGGUUGCUGGAGCAGCGCGCGGCGAACUCGCAAGAUUCUCUUCGAAAAACACCUUUGAACUGGGCCGUGACAAAGCACCUUCCCAGCAUUGCUUGGGACAUCUGUGAGUUCGGCAUCGAGAACGAUGUCGCAGAUGUUCUCGAUGACAUCGAGCAUCACUUGGCCAGCCUCCCCGAGGAAUAUGCACUCUUCCGCGUGAGCAUGGACUCUGCAAAGGCGGUUCCAGCAGGUUUUGGAUCCCUAGUGCUCUGGAUCGAGUUUGAGACAGGGGCUCGGACAUACCUUGAUGGCUGCGUGUCACCGUCUCCAGAACCGGGCAAAACUGUCUUGGAGUUUAGACCUUCGAACAUGGUGGCCCCGUUCCAGUUUCAGCUGGAUUCGGACGGUGUGCAGCUGGACAAGGUCCCGGGACGUCUGAGCUUCACCUUGGAAGGUUUGCUCCUGGGUCAGAAGGACCAUGAGACGGGCUUCGUCAUCGAAGAGCAGUGGGUAACUCUCUUUCCGAACUUGCCCCUGAAGGAGUGGUGCCAGACCACAAAGACCGAACAACGCCUUCAGUUCAUGAACUAUCAUUCGAAGCGCGACGGAUUUACAAUAUGGCACCUCGCGUGCAAAUACAGAAAUCUUCGUUUGUCCAAGAUUCUCAAAGCGCACAACGCGACGUACGGCUUCUGUCUUGAGUGCGAGAAGACACCGCUGGAUUGCGCUGCUGCCACAGACUGCGAAGUCAUCAUGGAGGAUGCCGAUUCCGAGCUGGAAGACGGCUUGCUGACCGGGGCGAAGGUGGCAGGAGUUGCUGACUCGAAAAGGCAAGAGCUCGCCAAACUUCUCCUCUUCCACGAUUACGUCCGCAAGGCAUCAAGGCACCAAAUGUCACCCAAGAAGAUCGCUCGCAAGUACUUCUUGUAUUUUGGCAUUGAGCCGGCAGUCUUGGUUGCGAUGCGGGAUGUGGACGGGAAGGUGCUGCUGCACUACGCAGCAUAUUUCGGCUUGUUUAAAGACGUCGAGUGGCUCUUGGAGAAGGGAGCACAGGUGGAUGUUUAUGACCAGAUGUCCAUCCAAGACUUCCGCUUCACGAUCAUGGACCCUCCGAAGCAGGAGCUCUGGUCGCAGCUUCAGAAGGCCUACGCCCUGACCGAGAUCCCCUUCCCGGAGUUCUGCUGCCAGAAAGCCGAGCGCGAGCCUUUCAAUGCGGUCAUGGCCUCGCCCACGGAAGAUGUCUACUGGCUCAGACAGGAGGACAUCCCGGAGUUUGCCACGCUGCGGGUCUGCUUCCAGCGACCCGAGCGCUUCGACGGCUUCCGCUGGCCAGCCAAGGGGGAGGACGGGAUGCGUCACGAGGAGUCUGGCGAGCCAGGAGCUGUGGAUGUAAAGCUGUGCAAGUGGAUGAUGGAAGCUAGGGCCUGUGAAAGGCUGCGCUACAGAGCUCAGUGGCUGACUGUGAAUUUUGGGCACCAGGGUGUGUUGGUGGACGUGGACGACUUCCAGAGCGGCAAGUAUAUCUCCAUGCACGUGCACCGGACACCCUUGGACCAUGCACUCCUGGGCGCCAUGGACAAUGCCGAGACGAUGUACAACGUGCGAGACACUGCAGAUGAGAGUAUAAGUGGUAUUUCUGACAUCCGGCUGCCACCACACGCGCGUAUUUGCAAGAUCUUGAUCGAACAGGCUCUCCUGUGUGAGAAGCAGGAAGGCAGAACGCUGCUGGCAGAAACCUUCGCCAGCUUCUGCCGGCCAUGCCAUGUCGCGCGGGGAUUGUCCAAGUACAUCGUGGACAUUCUGGUCCAGGAGCCAGGGGCCUCUGCCGAGAAGACCACUUUGCUGCAUGUCGCAGCCAAGCACGGCCUGCGAGAUGUGUGCAACCAGCUGUUGAAGUAUCGCUGCACCUUCAAGGAAGUUUCCAUGCAAACUCCGCUGGAUGUCGCAAGUGACGAAGGCACCUAUCACCUCCUGAUUCUUCCAGCUUUCGUCUCGAUCUGUCAGAAGAUCCACACGCGUGCCUUGCCGAACGAGGACGAGGAGGCCAUUGCGGCCAGAGUGGAGCAGGUAGACCAGGAGGCGACUGCCUGGCUGACCAACAUGGAAUCUCGAGCCCUUUCCUUGCAGAAGAUAGUUCGUAUCUCAAAUCCGCAGCAGGGCAAGUACACAAUAGUGGACUAUGCUGCUAUGUACGGAAUGAAGCGGGUCCUGGCCCAUGUCAUUGAUGGACUAGCAGACAUCGAGGAUGAGACCAAAAUCACUUGCCCGGCUGAGAUUAUCGGGAUCGAAAUGCCCAGAUAUGGUGAGAGAAAUCAAGUCAUCUACGACUUGCGGAGCUUGUUCACGGCAGCGGAUGAUCGUUGGACUUCCCUCAACCUGAAGCAAAAGUUGAAGGACAUGAAGGAGGCUUUCAAAGGAAAGACACGAGAGGAGUUGGUGGAAGCUUUGAAGAGGGAGCUCCACGAGCACAUCCACUAUGUCGCCUCCCUGGACACCGAAGAGGCUAUUGAGUUUUUCGAUGUGGCGCUGGAAGCGAAAGCAGAGUGGCGCAAAAAGAAAGACGCCACCACCGGCGACACAGCACUGCACAUGGCUGCCCGCUCGGACAACAUCGACAUCGUCAAACUGCUGUGUGAGAAGUACAAGGUGAACAAGGAAGACAAGAAUAUGAACCAGGAGCGGCCCAUACACAGUGCUGCCAGGAACCACAGCUACAAGACGAUGAAGUACCUUUUGGAGGGAGGCGUGCAGCCAUUGCCACCAAACUUCAAGAAGGAGCACCCCAUGCACUUGCUGGCCAAGACUCUUUCGCUCAGGUCUCCUGGUCAGAGAGCACCUGAUCCAGAGGAGUUUCAGGAAGUGAUGAGCAUCCUGAUGGCCAAGGUGGCCGAGUCAAACAGCUGGAUGAAUUUGACAAAGAGAGACGCAGAUGGCAAGUCCGCCCUGGAGUAUCUGGUCAGCUCGUGUGGCCACACGUAUGCCGGCCCCGUGGUGGAGAAGCUCGUGCAUGUGCUCCCAGCGGCUGUCCUUGAGAGCAGCUGCUUCUUCGCGGCUCUGGACAACCCAACAGGACCUUCCCGAUUCCUCAAGGCUCUGCUGAAAAACACCGCGGACAGGAAGAUCCUGACGAAGCUGCUGGACCAAGACCAGGACGAGAAUGGGCUCAACGUGGUGCAGAUUUGUGCCCUGAAGGGCGAUGUGGAUUCCUUGAGGGAGAUUCUGAAUGCACUGGCAGCUCCAGAUCUCCUGCGUCAAGCGCUGAUCCCAGAAGAAAUCGAAGAGACGAAGCUGAAUGCCAGCAUGUGCGAUCAGACUCCGCCGCUCAUCCUGGCACUUCGUCACGGGAAAGAAGAUGUGGCAAAACGUCUUGCCUCCAGAAUGUUGGGCUUGGACGAGAACCAUCGAGCCCGUGUGAAAUGGGAAGAUGAAUGCCACAACAGCCAGCUCAAGCAGGAUCUGAUCAGCAUCUUCAACCAGGCCGGGCAAACCUUCUUCCAGUUGAUCCGGUCCGGAGAGGUGGGAGCUGUUCGCAACCUGCUCAUCGCUCAGCCCGCGCUGGUGGAAAGUGCUGAUGCUGCUGGCAACACUGCCCUUCACGUCGCGGUGCAGAAGUCCUUCAAACACCAGAAAGAGAUAGUUCAGCUUCUGCUCAGUCACGGUGCAGUGCUAAGCGAGGGUGGGCAGAACCAAGAGACACCGUUGCACCUUCUGUGCCGACGUUCUGCUGCACAGAUGUACCAAAGCGGCAUGGACUGGCCACCGGAAAGGAAAUGGGAGGAAUGCAAAGGUUGGUCGCCUGCGAAGGAUAUGCUGCAAGAUUCGGAGGAUGGUGCCAAAGAUGAGCUCUUCACCCUGACCAAGAUUACCGAGCUCAUCUUACGUGAGGUGGUCUCUCGUUGUGGGGAGGACAACGCCCGGGCCGUGACGGAUAUCCUCUCUAUCCAAGCUAGAGAAGGAAACAAGACACCGUUUGACCUGGUGUCAACCUGCUUGGACGCAGCCGCAUUUCUCUCUGACCACCCUCUGCGCAAGUACUUGAAGCAGGCAUGGCUGAAACCUUUGCUGGCGUUGACAGAAACCAUCUCGCUUCCCGGCACGCGGAAGUUGUCGCUUCUGGGCUUGGCAGUCCUCCUGCGUGCCAACGAGGCCACGAUCCGCUUGCAACAUGAUGAUCCAUUGGAGGGUCCAGCAGAUGAGACACCUUUUACAUAUGCACUGAUGCUGCAGCAAUUUGAUUUGGUCCGCAAGAUGCUAAACAGGAUCGAGGAGCAGAGGCUCCAUGAUCGAUUGGAGGAGGUCAUGAUGCAGCCGCAUACAGAAGGACUUCUCUUCACACCGCAGGCCAACAGCGAGCAGAUCCCGUCUCAAAUCUUCGAAGUCCUGCCCUCUCAAAAUGUGGUUCGGCUGCUGACGCGGAGUCCCGGCAUUUUGACCAGGUGCCUGCAGACGGGGAACGACACCCUCCUGGAGAACAUGCGCAGCAAGAUAUGCAGUUUACAAGACCGUGAUGGUGCGGCGCUUACUCUGCACAGUGCCAUCGAGACGGCUGUGAAGGAAGUCGGAGAGGAGACGAGCCAGCAGCUGCUGCAGCUGCGGGAUGCCACCGGCAUGCGAGACUUAGCAGAGCUGUCUCUCGGGCUGGUGCGGAUGUGA